GGACAGAGAGCCCCGGACUUCCUGUUAGCUGCUCUGUCACGAAGCUCGCUGCUGAGGUCUCUCUCUGACUUGAAGGAACAACUAACCAGACGGCCCCCCUCCCCUCUCCUUCUCAUCUCCUCUGCAGCCCCCCGGUAAGAUGCGGGCUCUGGUCUUUGCUGCCUUUCUGAUGAUCAAUCCCACCUGCACCGGUGAGGAGGAGAAAAUCCUGCUUUGAGCUCCGUUUGAGGGGCGAUUUCUAAGAUUUCUCUCGCAGCUUUGGUUAGACCGUGUCGAGAUAAAAUCGCACGCAGAUUAAUCUCAGAGAUGAGAAUCCUCUUUGUGGAUGAUCGAGACUCAGAUUUUCUCUUUUCUGUUUUCAGAGGCCACUGGAGACAUGAACUACUGUUACAUCUUGGAUGGGAUUCUCAUCCUGUACGGGAUCAUUCUGACUAUUUUAUACUGCCAGCUGAGGGUGAGACAAACAGGAACAACACGCACAUCGCCAUGACUGAGUAUCAAAAACAAGCGAGAAGUGUUUCCUACUGCUUUAGAAAUGUUUUCAGAGCUUUAAAGUAAAGUUAUUUAUCGCUCGUAUAGAAGUUUUGUUCAAAAAAGGACAAAAAAAGUGACGCUAAACUCCUUCGAUAUUGUCCAAAAUUUGUUAUUUAAUACUUAUAUAUAAUAUAUAAUAUAUAUAAUAUAAUAUUUAUCAAAUUUUAGAGCUGAGCUGACAUUUCUGCAUCCUUGCCAGUUAAAAACACCAAAACCAGACUCACCGCAGUAUUUGUCUGUGAUAUCUCGCGCAGAUUAAGAUUGUGAAAGUUCUCUGCUCUAUUUUCACAGAUGGGUAAGAGCAAGAAGGCAGCUGCUCUAAACCCUGAGGUAAGACAAAGCUGUUUAUUUCACUUACUGUAAAUAAAAACCAGCUAAGACACGUUUUUGUGAACAGAAAAGUUGCUCUUGGCUUCACAUUACUCGUAGGUGCUGCUUCUAUUUUAAAUCCUCCUCAGUUUGUUGUUUCCUGUAAGCUUAGCUGACCACCAACCUACAUUUUUGUCUACACUCAGAGUUUCCACAGGAGUUUUUGCUUCACACAUAACAAAUGUGUCAGUUCGACUUCCUGCUGAAUGAACACGCGAGUAAAGUGACAUCAAAUUCAGAUGAAGAGCGAAAAUGACAACAUCUGUUUAAUCACACUUAAAGAGAAAGGAGAAGAAGAAGAAGAAGGGAUGUGAAUGUCUGUUUAUUUAGAGGUGUCUCUGAAUCAUUGGUAAUUCUUUGAACCUUUUCCUCCCACAGAAGAAGCCGGCGGAGGGAGGCAUCUAUGCGGUGAGACUUCUUAUCAAUCUUAUGUUUAAACAGACUUUAAAAAAGUCUCAUGUUGGGAAAAUGACAGUUUACCAAACAGCAAACUUUCCCGAAAGUUUAAGACUGAAAAAUCUCACUUUAUCAUGAUCUUACUCUCUUUGUAUGUGUGUGUGCUGCAGGGUCUGACCACUAAGAGCUCUGACGUGUACGAGACCAUCAAGACGGAUAAAAAGCCGGUUUUCUGAUCGGAGAUGAUUCAGCACAGAGGGGACACGGAGCAGAAAAUCUGCCUCCAGCCUCCUUAACUGUAAAUGAAAUAUGUUUGUAUGUUUGCCUGUAACAUCUACACGUGAAUUUUCCUCCUUUUGUAUAAAGAAAUCAGCUUCUAUUUAAACGUUUGAACCGUGCUUUUCUGAAACUUUAUCUAACAUUUAACAGCAAAUACUAUCAGCUAUCUGCGUGAGAUACUCGUCUGUGUUUCAUAACUCGUUUUGCACAAGCAUCGAAGAAAACAGAAGUUUAAAUUUGUCCUCUGGUUUUGGUUGUGUGUUCCUUUUUGGUUAACUCGAGAGACGCUUAUUCUUAUAAACACGUCGGUAAGGGUGCAACAUCAUGUGCUCUUAUUUUUAGAUAACUUUACGUGACUGAAAGAUUUUUUGUUUUUAAAAAGGAGUCUCACUCUUCAUUUCACUGUAACUUUCUUUUUGCAAUCCAAGAGAUAAGUCAGCUUUACUUUACAAAGUCUUGUAUAUAAUCACACAUUUUUAAUAAACAUAUAUCCUUUAGUUGACUUGGUUGUACAUUGCUUUAAUUUCUGAGCAGGUUACGCUGUUAAAAAGUGUCAAAAACAAGUUUAAAGCAAAAAUAUCCGUCAUUUUGAAGAACAGUUUCUCAAUCUCAGAAUUAUGCACAAAAACAUUGUUUGUUUGCUUUAUCAUAGGUGACUGUGAUAUUGUAACAUUAAACUUUUAUGUUUCUUCUGAAUUUUAUCUGAAAUAAACAUCAACUUCAACAACA